AUGACAACGCCAACACAUGCCGGCAGCUCGGCAGCGGCCAUGGGUAUCGCCACUCCAUCGCCUCUUUCCAACGCCACACCCAGAUCAAGCUCGAUCGCACUCUCGUCUCUACAAGCCCUGCCUGAAACCCAGCUGGUUCUCGUCUUGUUUGAUCAUCCCAUCGUGCGUCGAAAAUGGCGUACCGUAGUCGUACCUCUCGUCGAGUCGAUCUCCAAAAAGCUAAAUACUGCCUACUCAGGCUCACGGCUUACCAUUGGUAGCGUCGUCUACCGUUCCACCGCGGACAAAUCGCUCCUGCGUCCAUCGUGGACGUUGAGUCGCACCAAGUUUCAACCGGGCUCCAAACUAAUUGCCUCCAAUAUGCAAACGGCAGAAUUUUGGCUCGGUACAGAACGCUCAUCAGUCUCGCACGAUGCAGAUCCUUCCGCCUCAAUCUACUCGCUCAUCGACGGUAGGAGCACCACGAAACCGACGGCACACGUCCUCGAAGCUUUUGUAGCUGCGCUCGAACUGCUUCAGCCCUCAGACAAUGGCGUGCACAAUCCACUCGCGCCCAAGAGUCCCGCGGUACUUGCAAGGCAUUUGCUGCACGUAUCUCUCGACUCUUCUGAUGUGUCUUUGGACCUCUCGUCGCCACCCUUCUUCAAUGCAGAUGCGGCAAACGAUCGUGCAACCGCGCCCACCAUCGGUAGCAAACUUGCUCGACUAGGCGUCUCCAUCACUAGUUGUGCCGUCAAGACCAACACGCCCGAUAUGCCUACCGCACAGUCUUCCAGAGAGGCGCAAGCGGCGGUUCUCGGCAUGCACAAGAUUGUCGCCGACCCCAACAAACUCGCCAACGAAGAUCUUGCCGUGCUCAUGACCGAAGCCGUGCGCGAUAAGGUCAAGCAAGAUGCAAACGUCGUUUGCAGUGGUCUUACGCCCACUUGGUCAGCAAAGGGCGCAACGGCCACUUCUGCAGUGGCUACGACGGCUAAGAGGGGCAGAGAGGAAGAAGCUGACACACCGCCGACAUCAGCCAAGAGGUCCAAGUCCGGCAGCAUCUCUCAGCCGCAAACUGCCACUUCCAACACUCCAUCUCUGCCAACUUCGAGCUCUGGUAGCAGCAGUGUACCGACUAACAUCAAACUCGAUCCGAGCAUCAGCACCAAAGUGCUCUUCCUACGCUCGCAGCAGGAAACCAUGGUCAAGAACUGGGCGGCUGCCUACUCGGCUGUUGUAAAGGCGGAAUCGGUGGGCGAAACGCUAACGUCAAAAGCUCCAGGAAUGAGCAGGGCGUAUCUCGAACAGCUCAAAGCGCAGCUCCUGACGCAGCAGCACGCACUCAAGAUGUUGGUUGGCAGAAUUGUCAGCGGAGCCGAGACGGCUCCAAAUUUCAACGUCAGUCUGCAGAGCUUGAUCAACAUCGAUAAGGAGGCGAGGGAAAUGGGUGUCAAUUUGGGUGGGCCAAGUGGUGGUGGAGCUGCGGCAUUGGUCAGGCCGGCAAGGAGUACAAGUGUGACGGCCGCUUCACAGCCACCUGUCGCAUCACUGCAGCAAGUUCCGAGCAGUGUGGCCAAACCAGCUGUGACUGCGUUGAGCAGUGCUUCAGGUGAUGCUGCGACAACUGCCAAUGCCAGUGCGACGACGAGUGGAGCUGGCGGCGUGCAACCUCCACCGAGCCCGACGCGACCGAAACCGUUCUGGCGGGGCGCACUCACCUGGUCGGUGAUCUCGGACCCGGCGACCAAGCAAAAGCGCGAUGUUGCUACACUCGUCUCGGCAACAUCCAACUCGUCGCAGCUCGAGCGGCUGCUCAUGCCGUGGCCUGACAAAUUGCAGAUCACGGCGAUCACACAACUGUCACCGCGCAACCUGCAAGUGUAUGCGCAGUCACAGAAUGCACCGUACAUCCUCUUUUCGACGCAGGAAGCUGACUCGGCGGCAGCAGGAGGCGCGCCGGUGUUGACGCCAGCGACGGCCGAGAAGAACCGACAAAUGUAUUCGAGUUUGGCGAGCAGUUUGGAUGCCAAGAAGAGCUGUGCUUUUAUACGGCAUGGAAGCAAUGCGGGCGCGGGAUUGGUGCUGUUUGCUACCACGCAGCCGACGAGCAGUGCCGAGAGGAUGCAGGGCAAGGGCGCGCCCGUGCAGGCCAAGCUGAUCGGCGUCGUGUUGAAGGAUACGAUUCCGUUCAGUCGCUUGUUGAGCGGGCAGGUGCAGGCGGCGGCAAGUCAGCCGAAGGCUCCGACUCCUCAGGCUGGUCAAGCCAGGGUGCGUGGCGCUAGCGCUUCGGCAUCUCAGCCUGGUGCGCAAGAAGAUCCAUCAGCGCUCCCAGCACCUCCAUCUACGCAACCACAACCACCACCGCAGCAACCACAACCGCAACCGCAACCGCAACCGCAACCGCAACCGCAACCGCAACCACAACCGCAACCGCAACCGCAAUCGACGGGAAUGGGACUCGGCUCGUCCAUGCCUUUCAACCUCGCUGCACUCAACGCCGCCGGCAACGUCCCCAUAUCCGGCCUCGGCGCACCCGGCACUAUGGGUGGAGCCAUGAACCUGAACUCGUUCCUUCCCAACCUCGCCACUUCGCAAUCGACGCAUUCGCAACCGCAACCGGUCGGCGCAACUAACAUACCCGAUCUCACCAACUUGGCGCACUUGGGCAACAUGGCCAACUUGAACCUGGGCCAGUUCGGGAUCCCGAAUCAGCAGCUGCAGAAUGCUUUCACUGCAGCAGCAGCAGGCGCAGGAGCAGGAGCAGCGCCAGCAACACAACAGCCCAACCUGGCUGCGCUCGCACAGCUUCUCGGCUUUGGUACUCAGAGCAUGACCCAGCAACAGCCACAGCAGCUACAGCAGCUACAGCAGCCCGCGAACCAAGCGCUUCCGCAGCUGUUUGCACUCGGCGCAUUCAACCCGCAACAGCAACAGCAGCAACAGCAGCAGCAACAGCAGCAACAGCAGCAACAGCAAACACAUAUGUUCAGCAACGUGACGCCAUUCAGUUUCGGUCAAAUGCAGCAACCACAACAGCAAGAUCAACAAGCGCUACUGCAAGGCCAGCUUGAACAUGCGCAACAUACACAUCAAGGUGGACAGACUGGCGCUCAGAUGGACUUUUCAAAACCCAUGACCAUGGACCAACUGCGUGCACUUGGGUUUUUAUCCUAG